AAACUGACUGCAUCACGCACUGAUACGAUCUUGUGAUUUUUUUGAAACCUACACAAAAUGAAAACGUUUCUUCAACGCAAGCAAAGUAAUAUUUGCAAAGUUGGCCGGCCAAACAUGAUUGUGUGUCUUCUUCUGGAGUUUUGAGGUUUACUUGUUUGUUCGAUUGCGUCGUUCCCGCGAGGAUCAGCAGUCAUGGAAGAAAGAAAGAGUGGCGAGAGCCGCCACUCUAAGAAAAGGAAAUCAUCUCGUGAGAGGUCUCCACGUCGUAAAAGAAAAAGCAGCCGGUCCAGGUCUCCACAGCAGGAUGAGCGGAAAAAACGCCACCGCCACCGCAGUCACUCAUCCAAGUCUUCACACAGACAUCGGGAGCGGAGUGAAGAGCGCAAAGACAGACAUGGCCGACAUCACCAGCAGAAUGGAAAGCGUUCGUCUGAUGGUCACAAAGACCACCACCGUCAUCAUGGGUCGGCAGCAGCUCACAAGGACAAAGAAAACAAGGCUGCGACAAAGGCAGCGGACAAUAAUGCUGCUGCUGCUGCAGCUGCUGUUUUGCCUCUGGCAACUGUGACCAAGACUGUUGCUGAGCCCACCCCGUCCUUGUCUACUACGUCGUCUUCAGCGAACGUUGCUGAAGAAGUGCCAAGCUCUGCAGCGACUGGGCUAACCGCACGGCCAGUGGCUUCUGGCCAGCCCGCAUUCGACGAUGAGUCUCGUCCGCGAACUCUCAUACACUACCUGCAUGACCGCAAGCGGAUGGUGCAGGAAGCCUUUUCAGCCCUGUCGGCAAUUGCGGUUGAUCGAAUGCUGCCGAAACCACUGCAGGGCGUCUCUCUGGUCAAGGUCAAGGAGUUGUGCUGCGACCAAAUCAAGACGUUGAGUGACGAGCAGAUCCGAGCUGUCAUUGAGGAAGGUCGCUUGUUCGCUGAAGAGGAGCUUGGUAUCGAGCCCCUGAACACGGCUCCGCCCGUGCAGGAUACUGAGGUAGAUUCGCCGAUGGUUGAUUCUGUGAUUACCGAAGACCCGAUUUCACAUGCUGCCAUGCCAUCUUCACCGCAAAAGACCACUGCUGCACCAGCAGCAGCGGCGGCGUCAGCAGCUCCAGCACAGUCAUUGGACGAGGGUGGUGAAUGCCCGCUGGUGGAGAUAAUGGUCGGUGAAAACAUGUUCGAUGACGACUCGCUGGCAAAGACAGUGGCCGUGACACCUGACAGUACCAGCCAGAUGUGCACGCCAGAUGGCAUGAGUCUAGCCGAGCUGCAGAGGCGGCGGAGAGAGCUCGAGACAGAACUAGCCAAUGCCAGGGCAACACUUGAGUCACCAGCCAAGAUACCAAAGCUAUCUACCUCCACUUCCAGCAGCAGCAGGAGGAGCAGUAAAGCAUCCACUAGGAAGAAGUCUGUCGACAGUGCACCUGUACCUGUACCUACUGCUGCUGCUGCUGCUGCUGCUGCCGCUGUAGUCACCCCGGAUGAUAUAGUGGUCAUUACGUCCUCUCCGGAGAGGAGUCCGGAGUACAGGUACAGGAAACGACCAGCCAGCGUCGUGACCAAGCCGGCCAGACUAGUCACUAUCAAUCCUGGUCGAAUAAAGCGCAAGCUGCCGGAGGCGGCUGCUGUCAAGUCAGUAGUUGCAUCUGCAUCAGCCGAUGCUACUCCUAAGCCAGUAACCGAGACUAUAUCACCAGCUGCUGUAACCGAAAUAACGAAAUCGCCCACUGAACCAGCAUCUCACUCUGCGACGGCCGAUGAAAUUACUAAGCCAGUGAGCAAGACAGUGUCGCCGCCUGCUGUCACCAAGGUAACCAAGUCACCACCUAAAGCAGGACCUCCUACCGCUAACUCCAGUGAUAUUACUAAGGCACCUGUGGAAACAUUGUCACCUGCUGUUGCUCAUGUUACUAAGGUACCCGUGAAAACGUCAUCACCUACCGCUGCUCCUGUUACUCAAGCGCCCAUGAAAGCGUCAUCACCUGCCGUUGCUCCUACUAUUAAGGCGUCUGUGAAAACGUCAUCGCCUGCCGUUGCUCCUACUAUUAAGGCGUCUGUGAAAACGUCGUCACCUGCUGUUGCUCCUGUUACUAAAGCACCCGUGAAAGCGCUGUCACCUGCCGUUGCUCCUGUGACUAAGGCAUCUGUGGAAACAUCGUCACCUGCCGUUGCUCCCAAGACAAUUGCUGAGUCGUCCGCGAAGCCUGAAUCUCCCGAGGCGGGGAGCAAGGCUGUUGCAAAACCUCCGCAUUCGCCAAACCCGCUUAAUGCCACGUGUGCCAUAGCUCCAUCUAAGCAGGAUGGCGAUGUUGACAUUGAUAUGGAGAAAGAGGAGCAGCGGCUGCGGCUCCGGGCUCUCAAGUCCAUGAACAAGCGACUGUUGAUGCAGCGUGGUAAACAACUCACAUAGCGGUGAUCUGUAUGCUUAGCUAUGCUUUCAGCAGAGUUAUAUUUUUCCAAUUCCAGCUCAGUGAAUUUUGCAUGAAGUUGCACUUCGUUUCUUUUUGUUAUUUUUGUGUUUUGACUUUUUAGCCGGGUAGUGUCUGUACAGUACAUCUAGGUGUUGUGCUAGUCUUCCACAAAAGUAUGUUCUCUAGUUUUAUGAUGUGUUUCCGCCAGUCUUUCUGUCCCUUGACCAGUGUCUUGUCCACUGUACAAGCUUUCACAUCGUUUCCUCCCACAGCAUUACAAUGUAUAAAGGAUGGUUUUGUUGUGCAUGCCUGUGUGUGCAUGGGUUGUGAUGGCUGCAUGAGCUGCCAGCAUGGAAUCGUGAGUUUCAAUAUCACACAAACAUACACACAG